UUUAAUUAAGAUGGUUUUCGGUUACAAACCCUUCUACAAAAAUGGUUUGUAAAUUUCGCAAGAUCUUAAAAGCUAAUUAGCAAUUUAUUUCAUAGUAUCGAAUCAUGUCUUAGCUAAUGAAAUAACUUUUGCUCUUUUCAUAAAAUAUUUUGCAACAAUUUAUCUUUCAGUGUUUUAAAAAAACUUGAUAAGCAUGAUAUUACAUUAGUCUGUAUAAGCAGAUCAAUUACAUUUACGGCAAUGAAAGUCACAUAAAAUAUUAUGAAUGUCCUUUUACACAUUUGCUUUGUAAAUAUAAAACCAGUUUGUGUAAUUCCCUUCUUUCUUAGGAUUUUUAGUUAAUUUCUUUUUAGGAAAUCAAAAAAGUUGGUUUUCAAAUUAGUUUUUUGCGUUAAGAAGAAAGAAAAAAAUGACGCAUUCAUGUUGUAUAUUUCUACUUCUGGGAUUAUCCAUUUUUUUACCAAACGUCGAAUGUUAUACUUACAUUGAACCUCUUAAUACGGAUAAUGGUUACUGUGAAAAAGAAGAUUUUGGUAAAAUACCUGUUGGAGAAACUAGAUAUAAUGAUGAAAAAUGUGAACGUGGCACCUGUAGCUCUGGAUCAUUGGAUGGAGCAGGGUGUGGAGUGAUUUUUGCAUCACCAGGCUGUGAAGUUCAACAAGGAAGUGGACAUUAUCCCGACUGCUGUCCUUUCCUUGUGUGUACAAAAUAAUACUCAGACAAGUUCUCAAUCAGAUUCAUCUUGAAAUAAUUUUAAAUUUUUUUCUCAGCCAUUAAAGAAUUAAAUAAAAAUUUCUUGAAUUA